UGGCACUUUAAAAUACCAUACAUACAUAAUAAAUUUCUAAACCAAUAUUCUCCAUUCAUUACAAUUGAAGAAAAAAAUUGAGUUGUCAAUCUUAAUAAAUCUUUUAAAAGAAAAUGAACGAGGAUAUAGGAGCUCUAAAUUAAAUAAUUUUCUAAAAAAAGAUCUUUUAAAGUCUAAUAACAACUUGUUUUCUAAUUUAAUUCCUCAAAUGAUCAACAAUAGUUUGCUCCCUAAACCUGACCUUUCUCUUUUGCCUGCCCUCUCUGAAUGGUUGUUCAUUUGUGACAGGAUGGCCUUGUGGAACUCUUCCUCCCCUCUUCCACUGAUUGGCCUCCUGUCGUUCCUCCUCCUCCGCCCCAUGACAACCACCAUUGGGAUACGCAUAGGAGUCAUUAGGCGGCCCUCAACCGAUGCGCCAAUCUUCCGAGAAGCAGCAUCGUACGUAAAUGCCCAAGAAUGUGGGUCUUAUGACAUUGACAAAAUCCAUAUUUCCAUGACCUUGGAUGCAAAUUACCUACGAGGAACGAUGGCUGCAGUUUUGUCGAUCCUACAACAUUCCAUUUGCCCCGAGAAUUUUGUUUUCCAUUUCCUUUCUGCAAGACAUGAGCCAGAAAUUUAUGCACAUAUAACAUCCACAUUCCCCUACCUAAAUUUCAAAAUCUAUGGUUUUGAUUCAAAUCGAGUUAGAGGAAAGAUAUCAAAAUCUAUUAGGCAAGCGUUAGAUCAACCAUUGAAUUACGCAAGGAUAUAUCUAGCCGAUAUUCUUCCAUGUGAGGUGAAUCGAGUCAUAUACUUGGAUUCCGACAUAAUUGUGGUGGACGAUAUAUCAAAAUUAUGGGAGGUGGAUUUGGGUGACAAAGUUGUGGCAGCACCAGAGUAUUGUCAUGCAAAUUUCACUACAUAUUUCACAGAUUCAUUUUGGUCAGACCAGAAAAUGUCAAAUACAUUUCAAGGGAGAAAGCCAUGUUAUUUUAAUACUGGGGUGAUGGUGUUAGAUGUGAACCGGUGGAAGAAACAAGGAUAUACACAGAAGGUAGAAGAAUGGAUGGUGAUACAAAAGCUUAAGAGAAUAUAUCAUUUAGGAUCAUUGCCUCCUUUUUUGCUGAUCUUUGCAGGGAAUAUAAAAGCAGUUGAUCAUAGAUGGAACCAACAUGGUCUUGGUGGUGACAAUUUUGAAGGCAAAUGCAGGACACUUCAUCCGGGACCAAUCAGCUUGCUUCAUUGGAGCGGAAAAGGGAAACCAUGGCUUAGGUUAGACUCAAGAAAGCCGUGUCCCAUUGAUCAUUUAUGGGCGCCUUAUGACCUAUAUCGUUCGUCAAGAACAUGGCUCGAAGACUGAUGACUCGUCACACCAUAGAUAAUGACUCACAAUAUUAAGCGUUUUCAUGUUAUGUUUGGAUGAGAGAAAAUGACGGAAAAGGAAGGGGACGGAAAUGGAGGAAGGUGAGGCUGUGAGGGAAUCGAGGGAUGGAAAUUAGAAGGGAAAAGUCCUUUACAUUUUGUACAAAACAAUUUCUUCCAACAUCGGUAAUAUAUAUUUGGAAGGAAACACAUCAAUCUUCCCUUCCCUACCCUUCCCUCCCCUUCUUUUCCUUUUUAAAAUGUUAUCCAAACACGCUCCUAAACAAACAAACAAUAGAGGAUGCAUUUUAUUAAAUGAGGGCUAGCCAGCGGCCAGAGCCACACCCCGCAAUGGAUCCCAUUGACAACUUGGGGAUUCUAUUUUGUGAGUAUCCUC